CGAUGUGGCCAUUGGAAAAGUUGAGGGUGGAAUGGGAAGCUUAGAGGAUCAUCAAACAGUCGGUUUCCGCGCACCUGACAGGGAUGCUAGUCAAGACUGGAUGUUGACCUACUCUACUGAAAAUAAUGGUACGACAAAGUUGAAGUUUUAUCGCAAGCUCAACACUAACGACGAAAAGGAUGUUGUUAUCCAGCAAGGAAUGCCAAUUUACAUUGUGUGGGCAUAUUCUUCAACCAGCGAUACACUUGUUAAGCACACUAGUAGAGGUUCUCAACAAGUGACACUUGUACCAGCUGGUGUGACUCCGACGACCCCAACCCCGACAGCAGCUGUAGCGACUGCCUCUAUACCGGUCAUGCCUGUGCAACCAGCCUUUCUGAAUCUCCAAGAUGGAAAUUAUAAUGUCUCCUGGAUGUACAACAGUAGUAUGGACACCAUACACUUUACAGUAGAAGUGAGAGCUACAGGAUGGAUUGCGUUUGGUGUUGCAACAACAGCUCCGACUGGUAUGAUGGGAUACGAUGUGGCCAUUGGAAAAGUUGAGGGUGGAAUAGGAAGCUUGGAGGAUCAUCAAACAGUCGGUUUCCGACUACCUGACAGGGAUGCUAGUCAAGACUGGAUGUUGACCUACUCUACUGAAAAUAAUGGAACGACAAAGUUGAAGUUUUAUCGCAAGCUCAACACCACCGACGAAAAGGAUGUUGUUAUCCAGCAAGGAAUGCCAAUUUACAUUGUGUGGGCAUAUUCUCCAACCAACGAUACACUUGGACAGCACGCUGGUGAUAAUAGAGGUUCUCAACAAGUGACACUUGUACCAGCUGGUGUGACUCCGACGACCCCAACCCCGACAGCAGGAAAAGGACUGUUCUCUCAUUCCUUCGACAAUGGUAAUUUCCUUAUGCGGUGGACAUUUGACGAUCAAAGUAACAAGUUGACCUUUCAUGUGAAAGUGAAAACCACUGGCUGGGUAGGAUUUGGUUUUGCUAAGAUCGCGCCAACUCAGAUGAAGAAUUAUGACGUGGUCGUUGGCGGAUAUGACAACGGCGGAUAUUUGGAUGACUAUUACACUCAAGGACAAGGUCAGCCCCAACCUGACCGCCAAAACGACGACUAUAAAUUGUUAUCUGCAUCGGAAGUGGGUGGAUACACUGAGCUGAUGUUUGAGAGAACAACUAAUACCGAUGAUGACCAAGAUAUACAGUUCGUACCUGGUGGUGCAGUGCAUAUAAUUUGGGCCUAUGGCGCCGAGGAUGUGACAAGCGCAGACAGCUUUGUAAUACAUUCUUCAAAAGGCUUCAGUUCGGAUCAACUUGUCAUCAUUCCGACGGCCCCAGUUCCUACUCAGCCGGGAGCUGCCUCUUCACUGCAUUCCCUCAUUUAUGUGAUUGUUUCUUUAGCAGCAAUAUUGUUCAAUGUUGUAGAGAUAUAAUCUAAAGAACUGGAGGAAAAGAGUCCAUUUUUGACUGCAAUUCGAUCGUCAGUGGCAUGAAAUUGCUUAAAAUCUAGGACUGUUCAGAGUGGUUUGAGAGCUGAAAAGAUCAUCAUAAUUUGUAUUUUAAGGUCGAAAAACUUGUUUUUAUCCGAGCGAACUGAAGGAAACCAUUCAAACAUUGUGAUACUUUUACAUAUUUUGACGUAAAAUUUAAGACUCAGUGUAAGGAGUCCUUAGCGAUAAGAUUUUAAAAUAGUUACGAACGUCCGGUGAGCUUUGCCGGAAUAAAUAAUUCGUAAACAUUGUAUUUAACAAUAACUUUACACUUCCGUUUUAAGACAAAUCAAUUAAAGCAGUUUAGUUUCAAAACUGAUUUGGACCAAGUAGUGGGAGUUGUCAUUUUUAAAACGGAGGCCAAUAGGCCUUUUGCAGCUAGAGAUCACGUGCUUAGAUACCGCAUAGCAACGCCAUACUGCAGAGCAAGCACUCC